CCAGAGACAUUCAACUGUGGAUUGAUUCCAUAAAUUUCUGCAUGAGCUGCUGCUCCAAACUGAUUUUUGUUAAGGAAUUGGAAUUGGAAUUGGAAUGGCCAGUUGGAGGAAAUCGGCAGGUAAUGUUAGAUCCUUUGUCGGAAACUUAACCGGAGGUUUAAGGGGUGGAAGCAAUUUGGCAUCUUGGGUUGUCGCCGGUACUUUAGCUUACUUUCUCUGGGUCAAGCCAUCUCAGGAACUCAAGAGACAGCAACAGGAAAAGGCGGCUGCAUCAGAUGCUUAUCGUUAUGUUGAAAAGCGAAAACCCAUUCCUGAUCCGCAGGAAACUGGAUUGAUAUACGGUAACAAGAACAAAGCUAAAAGAGCUGAAGAAUAGAGAAUUCCAUGCCAUUCUGUAAGUUAGCUUGCAUAAUGAAUGCUCAGGGAAUUGUAAAUCCUUAUGGAGUUACUGCUGCUCAUUGGCGUAUAGGGAGCUUAUAUAAUUAUACUUCUGAACUCAUUUUUUUUUUAUGGGGGCAAAUAAUUAUCUAUACCUAGAAAAGAAAAUCAUGUAAGCUUUAAGUUUUUGUGGAUAUAAUGUAGCAUGUAUUUUGUUUUUUGUUUUCAAGGUGAGGUUCUUGAAUAGCAUUAUACUGGUUUAUCAACAUGAUGUUUUAUUUCCUUUUAUCUUAGCUACAUGAACAUUUUUGUUCAUUGUUCAAAGUUUAUAUGUAUUGGUUCGACUAGCUUCUAUUCUUAUGUUAAUUACUCCAUAAGGAUUUUGUAUUAACGGUCAUCAAAUUUCAAGAAUCUUGCUAUUUUGAAUUUCCAA